AUGGGGAGUCCAGUUUCCGCUGUCAUUGCUAACCUAUACAUAGAGAGUUUCGAAGAACAGGCGAUAAUUCCAUUAUCCUACGAGCCAAGGAUCUGGAAACGCUGCGUGUGCGAUACCUUUACCAUCCUGGAUCGCGAAAACGUCGAUGACUUCUUACAGCAUUUAAACAACCAGCAGCCUUCUAUCUGCUUCACCAUUGAGACAGAAAAAGACAGCAAACUCGCCUUUCUAGACACCGCAGUUUUAAGAGAACCUGACGGCCGCCUCACUACCAGCGUAUACAGGAAGCCCACCCACACUGAUCAACACUUAGUCCAUGAUUCACAGCACCCUCAAUCAGUAAAACGCGAAACUUACCAGGACCGGACAACAGUGCCAGUGCCAAAACCAAACAACAGUGCCGAAUCCGCCGAUGAGUUCAAAGCUACUGCGGUUUCACCUUUUGUCAAAGGUCUGUCCGAACAGCUUCGCCGUUGCCUACAACAACAAGGUGUAUGCACUGAUUUCAAGUCGGAGACUACACUAAGAUCUCAGUUAGUGCGACCAAAAGAAGCUGUCGACCCGUCUAAACAAGAUGGCGUAGUUUAA